GAGCCCUAAAUUUUUAUAAAAAAGCAAAAAAACACCCCAAAAAACACCAAAUUUUCUUACUCCCAAAAAAAUUUUUUUUUUACUUUGGAAAAAAACGUUAUUAAAAACACCCAAAAAACAACAAAAAAAUUCCAAAAAAAAAUAAAUAAAAAAACUGGGAGAACUGACAGAGAAAGAAUUCUGUGGGAUUUAAGAGAAAAAAUAAUUUCCCCAGUGCGCCCCAACCUUGAUUUUUAAUUAAUUUUAUCAAUAUAGUCUAGUAAUAAAACGGAUCAAUACGACUACAACUUCAAUUGCUUUUUACAUUUGUGAAGUGUUAUAAACUAAAUCGAUCAUUGGAAAUAUUUACAUGGUUGUCAAGAGUAUGUUUACAUGUUGCCUAGACAAUGUUGUCAUCACAUGUAAACAUAUAGCAGACUGGUGCGGUCUUUCGUUUCAAAUUAACAGUGGUGAGAAGACGUGUGUGCUUUUUAGUGUGUUGUGGUUUUUCAUGUCGGACAGUAUAUCUUCCUCUCAAGAAGAAGAAUUGUUAGGUAGUCCUACUGCACUAGAAUUAGAACAGGAAAUUAGUGAAUCACAAGCAGUACAUCAAAACCUGUUGGAUUAUUCAGAGCAGGCUGUUAGUUUAAUUCUUUCUGAAGAUAUGGAUCGGCAAAGUGAAUGGAGUAGAGAUCAACUUUCCAUUCUUGAUGAAAAUUUGUCUUACUAUACAACCUGUGCUGAUAUUGUAAAUAGAAUACACACAGGAGGACCCGCGGAAAGUAAAAAACUACCUAAGUUUCCUCCUCUUCCAAAAAGAAAGCUGUUAUCUUUGUAUGGAGAGCAAGCAAAAAAACGAAAGAUGAUGACACCGGAAGACCUUCACCAGUACUUGAAAACAAAAGAGAUAGAUGUAACCAAAACUGUAAGAAAAGAAGUCUUUUUCUUUUCUGCAAGUGACAUAACGACCCCAAACAUCGCCGUUGUAAAGCUGCUAGAAGGAUAUAGACAAAUUCAAAGACAAGAGGCUACUAGCAUGUGUUUCAAUCUGCAGUAUGGUCACCUUUUAGAUGUCACCUUUGAACUCUAUGCGAAAGAAAAGGAAAGUGGACUGCAACAGCAAAAAUGGGAUGAUUGGUUGAAACAGAAUAUCGGAGUCUCAUCUUCAUAUUCCCGUAAACUGAGGGAGAUAUCACGUUUGCUGAGACCAUACAUGCCAAGGUUUUCUACUGUUGGACUACCUUUCAUUGAAGUCUAUUCCAUGAGAAAAGAAUUGAAAGCAAUGUUUUCAUAUAGUGAGGAGAUUAGGCAGUAUUGGAGCACUCAAAAUCAACCAAUAAUACAUGUUGAAACACAAUCUUCUCAGUGACCUUUCAACCCCGCGCUCCAGCUAGAGCGCGAAAGAACAACAUUGAUAAGAGAUUAUUAAUAUAUUUUAUAGUGUUUAUUUUGUAAAAUCAAUUAUUUUAUAAGUAAAAGGAAUUGUAUUUAAAACUUUUUCAAGCCGAACAAAAGGUGAUUCAUGAUGUAUGAACUAUUGAUGAAUCCGUGUUGACUAGAAACCUAAUUAACAACCAACAAUUAACUGAUAAUGGAUUUUGUAUUUCUACAUACCUGAGUGACUGUUAUAUGUACAUGAAUGAUAAUGUGUAAUUUUGCAAAUACUUUUACAAAUGAGUGUUAUAAUAAAGAUUUAAAACUUA